UUCUCCUGCCUGUCAGCUAUGGCCGCAGCGGGGCUCUCAGAUACAGAACUGCGGGCGGAGCUGCUGGCCCUGGGCUACCAGCCGGGCCCUAUUACUGAUUCCACUCGCAAGCUCUACGCGAAGAAGCUCACCCGUCUGCGGGCUGAGGUGGCCGCUGGACAGAGGAGCCGCGGCAGCAGCACCCGGGCGCACCCUCAGGUCCCGAGCGGCUUGACGAGGCCCAAGGGGUCGGCCGGUGUCAGCCCCAAAGCGACUCCUCGGGCCCCCGUCUUGAUUAGGAGGGAGAGUGAGGAGGAGGAGGAGGAGGAGGGUGAGGAGGAGCAGGAGGGGAGUGACUACGAGCUGCCUCGCAGGGAGGUAGCGGCAGGGAGUAGAGGGCUGUCUCACAGAAAUCACUGGAGGACGGACACUGGAUUCACCCCCGGGAGGAUCCAUUUAUCAGCUGGGGAGAGAACUGUAUCAAGCAGCCCCUGGGAGAGAGGUGGUGGAUUAAGCUCAAGGAGAACCCACUUGGAGACAGGAGUGGGCUGUACACCCUCAUAUCAAAGUGACUCUGCUGCAGAUCUAUUAACAACCAGCACCUCGUGGUGGGCAAAACCCACAGGAAGAGAAGUGGGGUUAGGCACUGGCAAAUGGUGGGAGGAGGAGCGGAGCUUGAGCCCUAGUACUUCGUGGGAAGCAAGAUCAGGAAAAAGCAGCUCGGGAUUCAGUAACAGAGCCUCUUUAGAGACAAAAAGUGGGGUAACCCCGAGUUCCUACUUGGAUUCAAUAGCACAAGGGACUAGAGGAGAGUUAACCUACAGAUCCCCAUGGAGAGCAGAGAAAGAGGCUGGAUUAGCUUCCAGAAGUUCCCACAUACUGAGGGGGGCUGGAACAGGCAGAGAACUGAGUCAAAGAACUCGUUGGGAUGGGACCCGCCAACAUAUAGGUUUGAAAUCACAAGCUCAGGGCACAGGAAGAAAAGGCAGGGGCUUAGAAUUUUAUCUCUCCUGGUUCCUGUGGUUGGCAACUUUAGGACUGUUGGUAAUUUUCCUGGGCAUCCUUAGUAUGAAGAUGAUGAGAACUGCCCAGCUGGAAGGAGCCCAGGAGAGCUUUAAGCUUUUGCCCAUGGAUUGUGAUAAAAGUACAGAUAGAUACUGUCGGAAGAAACAAGAAGAAAUUAUAAUGACUGUGCUGUAUGAGUUAUACAAUUUUCUUGCAAUUCAAGCUGGUAACUUUGACUGUGGAAACUCAGCAAAUCUAGAAAGUAAAUGCAUUCCAGUUAGUGAAGCAAAAGAUUAUAUCAAGAAUGUGACUGGCUACUCUGGGGAAAAGUUUGUGGAUGCCUUGCAAUGGUUAAUGGAUAACCACAGAGACUCAGGAAUAUGGUUACAAGGCCAUGAGCCUUCGGAACCAGUUACUGAUGUGAACCAGGUGACUUGUCUUGAAUCUACCCGCCCACGACUGGGGUUAGGAUGCCGUUUCAAGCGGGCACUAAGCACAGCUGUUACAAACCUAUUUAUAUUCUUUUGGAGUUUAGUUUUCCUUUGGGGAAUUCUGAUUCUCCUGAAGUAUUACUGGCGGAAAAGGGAAGAAGAGGAGCGGACCAUGUAUGAAAUGGUGCAGAAAAUCAUAGCUGCUGUCCAGGGUCACUACAAAGAGUGGGAGCAGAAUCUGGAACGGUACCCAUAUGUAGGCAUCCUUCACAUCCGAGACACACUCAUCCCACCACAGGAUAGGAAAAAAAUGAAGCGGGUUUGGGACCGAGCGGUGGAUUUCCUCGCUUCCAAUGAAUCGCGGAUUCAGACAGAAUCACACAGGGUAGCAGGAGAGGACAUGCUGGUGUGGCGUUGGACACAGCCUACGUACCUCUCUGAUUCAGACCAUUAGCCUUAAGCCAAGGCCAAACCAAUGUUUCAACACUGUGCAGGACGAUGCACCUCCUCUUGGCUAAGAAAGGUCCUGUCAUCCGUACUCAGGUGUACCUCUAAAUGCUACCAUCCAUGUUUUUAGAAGAAAUAGAAGGACUCUUCAGAGUACUUGUUUUUCUGUAAAGAAUUAAAAUUGAUAUGAACAUACAAAUCAGACCUACCUUUCUGGCAUAUAUUUGGCUUCCAUAAUGUAACCAUUUAAAAAGAGAAUUGCUUGCCUGUUUGAAAGAGGCAGUUGAUAGUUUUGCUGUGAUGUUGUGGAAGACUCUGACCUUCCAUCCACAACAUUAGUACUAAACCACUAAAGGAUACUUGUCAAGAGGAAGACUUUUCAUUACAGAAAUGCCCUGGAUAGGAAUAGAUAACAGAUGUGUGUGGUAUAUUUGCCUUUACCAACAGAGCAGAAAUCCCCUGUGCUUAUACAGGACUGGCAUCUGCCUCCAGGUUGACAGCUAGGGGCUGAUGGAGCAAGUUCAUGUGACUUCAGAGACAAGCUGGGGAAGUAGGAGGAGCUUCUGACAGAUUGCAGUCUUUGUGCUUUUUUCCUUAGGCAGUGAUAGGAUAACAUCAGCUCGGAAAACAGAACUGAGCAUAUACUUGUGAGAACAGUACAAAGCAUACCCUUAGAAGACACUUGUGUGUUUAAAAAUGGCUUGAUGGAAAACAGCAGCCAUAUUCUGUCAUUCGCAGUACUAGAGAGAAAUUACGGUGCCUAGUGUUUGAUAUAAAAUGGUCUUAGCUAUCAAGUAUGUGAGCAAUACUGCAAUGAGUGGCGAGCUGUUCUUCAGCAAUAUAUUAACAUGUUUUGUGUGUAUACCAUAUUGGUUUUCCCACAUUCAUAUUUAUGUCCAUUCAUUUUGGGGUGGGGGGAAGUAGCAAGGUGUCACAUAAUACAAUGCUGUGCUCCUCUGCUGUAGCAUCUUUGGGCACUCGCAUGAUGACACCCUUCUCCCUCACUGGCUCUAGAUGUGUCCCUGUGUGAACAUAGUGAACAUAACCCCUGUCCAAUAGCUGUAACUAGAGUACAUAUGAAUUCAUAAUAUAUGCAUUUAUGAACCUCUUGAGGCAAAUCUGACUGAGAUGUGAUGCUAACUUGCAUCAAACACUUUCUCUGAACUAGCAAUUUAUUUACAGUGAUGGUGGUGGUGGUGGUGGUGGUGAUCUAAACUUAAAAUUUGCUCUUCUACUCCCCCUGCUGGCUAUAUGGAAAAAUUAAAGGAUUGGCAUUUUCACCUAACUGUCUUUCCAGGCUGUCUCAGCAGCACGCAGCAAUUCAUUAUAUGCCUCCUGCUGGUUCAUCAGCUGAAAUUGGUGCAAAGAAAAGCAGCCUCCAAAAACAAAACACCAGGAGGUCUUCGUGGUUAAGUAGAAGAAAAUCCUGCAUUCAGUUGAAUUUUAUCCCCACAUGUUGCCAUCUGUAGCGUAGGCAGUAUAUUAGAGGGAAAGAAGAAAUUUAACAGAUGUCUCCCUGACAUUAGCCAUCUUUGAGCACACGUGUGUGUGUGUGUGCACUUGUGCGUCUGUGUGUGCAUGCACACAGGCACACCCCCCUUUUUUAUAUGGUUACAGAAGAUGAUCAAAUGAGGGUAACCCCUUUUAUUAUGUUCUUAAGUUCUGCUGAUAGCAAAAAUGUCCACAGUGCCUACAUUCUUGUGGCUUAAAAAACAUUUGUGGGUAUUUUUAACAUCUAAUUCUCAAAGUGAAAUGCCUAACAAUAUUUUGUAUAGUUGAUUAAGCCGUUCAUUUAUUUUUAUGUAGAUUGGCAGGUGCUAUUUAUUAUACACUUCAUCUCUGUACAUUUUAUCUUGGCAAAAUUAAAAUUUGUUAUAAAUAGGA